AGUUGGUUCUAAAUUCUAAUUCUAGACACUUAAACAAAAGCCACCAUUGAACCACUUACAUUAUUGUACAUUGGUUACCGAGCUACUAAAACUGCUCCAGCUAAACUGAUUUGAACUUAUUUUGUUCUCAACAGAUUAGCGAUAAGAAGAAAAUGGAUCAGUCUGGAACACGUGAAUCUUCCUUUCCAGCCUUCCUGAGCUGUCAGGGCCUGAUGACCUUUAGGGACAUUUUGGACACCGUUCUUCAUCUGAGUGAUGAGGAAUGGACGACUUUGUCUGAGGACAUGACGAAUCAGCACACAAAACUGAAGUUUGCAUCUAUCUGCACCGAAAUCGUGAUGUCUGUGUCGGAGUCCGUCAUCGGGAAGAUGCUGCCGGAUCUCAUUGAACGUUUCGGGAUUGAAUCGGUUCUCCGUGCAGAAGCUAAGCUGAAGGAAAAGGAUGAAUGUGAAUCAAGGAGCCGUUCUGCAACACUGAUCUGCUCAGGUCAAAGUUUACCAGAAGACUCCUCUGAUUUGAAAUAUAACUCAGUUGAAACAGGCAUCACUAAAAUGAAAGCUGCAGUGCAAGCGUUAAAGACCGUGGCUGAUGACUUAAACACUUCCCUCAAAAACAUGUCUCCUGAAUCUGAUGUUAAGCCUGAAACUGACGAUUCAGUGCAGCUCCAAAACAAGGCUACAUGGGAUGUGAGUGAUACGCUGGUGAAAAAUCGUGCAACAGCAGUACCUGAUGAUCAGGAGGAACCUUCCAAACUGCUGGCUGAUGUUGACAGCUGCAUGGAGGAGGUCAUGUGGCAUCUUGAAAAAUUAUAUUUGGAUGAGAAGCAGCAGGCCAAGUCCAGCUUCUAUCAAAAGCCACAGUAUAAAGGAAAAAUGUAUAGUGUUUCAAAUGCAGAAACGGCAUCUGAGGAUAGUAGCUUUUUCACAAGCAGGUCUGACGUUAUCCUCAACGAAGCCGCUAUGGCAGUUACAGACAUUCUAUUGGAAAAGGCAGUCCCAGAACAUGUGGAUAAACUAAUAGGCGCGUCAUUUGACUCUGGGCCUUUUAGAAGUCAAUUUUCAUUAAAACAUGCCGCUAUGGAUAAUGGCAGAUCAGUAGUUAUGAUUUUGGACCAGUUUUAUGAGUCGAUGCAAUCCAUAGUGGGACAUGCAACAAAUAGCUUGGAUGCUCUUGCUGGUUUUGUAGGUGAUGCUGUUGAUAUCGGAAAAGAAGGACCGUUGAAGAGUGCACGUACCACCUUAAAAACAGUGCGCAGUCAUCUCCAAGAAUUUCUUUCUGAAUUUAGUCCAGAAGAGAUUGACUGGGAGGAGGACGAGCAGGUUAUUGACCUGUGCACAGAAGAGGUUAUUAAUCAAGCCGUUCAUUUGUACAGGAAUGAACUGACAGACCCGAUUUCGUUCACAGAUAUCGAUAUCCUGACAUCAGCCCCAUUUCAGACCAAGUUAUCCCAUCGUGUAAGUGAGAUCAUCUUACAGAAGCUGGAGUCCUGUCCUUCAUUGAUGCCAACAGAAGGUUUCUCAGAAGGUCAUCUCAAAGACAUCUCUUCUGAGAUUUCGAGAUCUGUUAGCAGCACAUUGCAGAAGUUUGCAAGUGCUCAGCUAGCUUUGAGAAGUGGCUCAUCUUCCCAAACUCCACUGAGCUUCUUCUCUCCUUUGAUUCUUUUCAUUAAGGUGAAGUAUAAGCUGAAGCAAUUUUUCAGUAUGUUUAUGGAAAGUCCUGAGAAACCAAAUUGCUCUGCAGAGUCAGUAAAAGAUGAUCGUGUCGUUCCGAUUCAUAUCACAGACGAUGGCUCUGAUUUGGUAUGUGACUCCUUUGAAACAACCAUCACUAAAAUCAAAGGUGCAAUGCAGGAGACAAUCCGGAGGAUCGCAUCAGGGCAAAAGUCAAAGGCCGUAGCCGAUGAGAUGAACAGAUCACUCAAAAACAUCUUUCAUGAAUUUGAUGUUAAGCCUGAAACUGACGAUUCAGUGAAGCUCCAAAACAAGGCUACACGGGAUAUGAGUGAUAUGCUGGUGAAAAUUUUUUCACAUAUUUUAUCUCAGUCAGGUUUUGACCCCAACAUAGUGACGUCUUCUGAGGCCAAGGAUAUUACUGAAAUGGUGGUCAAUGGUUUAGUCAAUGCUGCUGAGGAAAAAGAUGAUCAUGCAUGUCGAAGUGGGACCUUGAUCUCCUCCAAAAAGCCUUGCUCAGAUCUGCAGGAUGCAGCACCAGCAGUGCCUUAUGAUCAGGAGGAACCUUCCAAACUGCUGGCUGAUGUUGACAGCUGCACUGAGGAGGUCAUGUGGCAGCUUGAAAAAUUAUAUUUGGAUGAGGAGCAGCAGGCCAAGUCCAGCUUCUAUCAAAAGCCAUGGUAUAAAGGAAAAAAAUAUAGUGUUUCAAAUGCAGAAACGGCAUCUGAGGAUAGUAGCUUUUUCACAAGCAGGUCUGACGUUAUCCUCGACAAAGCCGCUGUGGCAGUUACAGACAUUCUAAUGGAAAAGGCAAUCCCAGAACAUGUGGAUAAACCAAUAGGCGCGUUAUAUGAGCACUUAACAAAUCUAACAGCUGAAUGUCUCCCCAAAUCAAACAGAGUAGGAUGUUGUUGCAGUAUCUGUUCUGCAGGGACUGAGGUCAACACCAUAAAUUACAUCCCUUGCUAUUCCGAGCUACUUUACAUUUUUGCGGAGGAGUCCGUCAGGGGCUCGCAUGACUAUGUGCUAAAGCCCAGCCCUAAACGUACAUAUCUGCCAUGGUCUGAUGAAGGUGCUUCAGGCAGUACUUCUGAAGUCAUUUCAGGCUCAGGUGCAGAACAUGAAGAUUACCUUCUUGAGGCUGCAGGGACUGAGGUCGACACCGUAAAUUAUAUCCCCUGCUAUUCCGAGCUACUUUACAUUUUUGCAGAGAGAUCCGUCAGGUGCUCUAAACGUCCACCUCUGCCAUGGUCUGAUGAAGGUGCUUCAUGCAGUACUUCUGAAGUCAUUUCAGGCUCAGGUGCAGAACAUGAAGCAGAAAAAAACAUCUUGGACAGACCAGCUGGCCGCCCAUCGCCUUUGUUUGAAGAAAGUCCUGAGAAAGAUGAUGAUGUUCUUCCGAUUCAUAACACCUACAAUGGCAGUGCUCAUGUAAUAAUGGAUGGAAACGAGUUUUUGUUCAAAAGAGAAAAGGACACUGUAGGUGAGCAAGCAGAUUCCCUUCGUGAGACACCAGGGACAUUAAGUCAUCGCAGCUCUGUAGAUCCAGCAUCUGCAUCCAUCAAGGAGGAGGAGGGACAUGGGUUUGACAUUAUUCCGGAGAAAAACUCACCCAUAAACUGUGGCUUUAAGAACGUGAACAUUGGUGCAGAUGCAGAAUAUGGUGCAGAUGCAGAAUAUGGUGCAGAUGCAGAAUAUGGUGCAGAUGUAGAUGCAGAUAUUCUGAAAGUCAGUGAGCAGCCCACCAGUUCCACCGAGGAAGACCUUCCCAAGAUUUCACGCCGUGAUUCAAAGGUCUCCAGGCGCUUCAGGAGUUUCCGCAAACGCCUGAACAGCAUCUUCUCCCGCGACAGAGAUCAAUCCACUCUCUAACUGCAGAAAUUAGAAAUGAACGUUGAUGUCAAUGAACGCUGCUUAACCCAAUCUCUACAACCCAAUCUCUCCACUGUCUCCUUUGUGAAAGAAUAUAUGCAGUGGGCUCCAAAAUCUGAGACCACAUUAAACAUCUGGGAUUAAAUUUUUUUUUUUAACAUCAAUUAGCUAUCUCCUAUUAUCAUAUACUUUAUAUUAGCUAUAAACAAUCGUUCCCUCAUGGUCAUCACUUUUUUUCCUUUUUCUUGAAAUGAAUAUGAUGAAAAAACCCUAAACUAUCAUGUUACCAAGAAACUGGAAAGUGCAAACGCCUCUGUCCUGAAGACUUCAGAAAACUAUUCCAGAACACUGAUGCUGGAGAACUCCAUAAAUUUUAAAUAAACGUCUCCUUACAGGAAACUCGACCUCAUCAACCAUUAUACACUGUUCUUUAUUAAAUAUCACAUUUUUAAAGUAUGUUGUAAGGCUUAAGUUACGAUGAGUGUUUGACACACAAGUCCCCAUGAACGAGCUGUUACUAUAGGAAUGAUAACAUAUUAGAACGAGUGCAUUAAAAAUUAAUCAACAUUU